AUGUCCUGUGUGAGAGCUGUGAGAGGUCUGGCACCCAUCUGUGGCUUUCAGUCUCUCGCUGUUUUAUCUCGCUGUGUCAGUUUCUCUCCACGCCAAGUCGCAUCGGAUGCCAGUUUUCACUCGGUGUCCUUCUCUGAAUCUGAUCAUCCCAGAGUUCUCAUUACCAGAGGUCUGGGUCAGCUGGGAGUAGGGCUCGCCAAACUGCUCAGGAAGCAGUUUGGAAAAUAUAAUGUAAUUCUGUCUGAUAUCAGGAAACCGCCAGCUCAUGUUUACCAAAGCGGUCCCUUUAUAUUUUCGGACUACAAGAACUUGUGUGAGAUUGUUGUAAACAACCACAUCUCCUGGUUGAUACACUACAGCGCUCUACUGAGUGCAGUCGGAGAGGCCAAUGUGUCCCUCGCUUGUGACGUCAACAUCACUGGGUUGCACAAUGUUCUUGAUGUCGCAACAGAACAUGGGCUCCGUCUCUUCAUCCCCAGCACUAUUGGAGCCUUUGGCCCCAUGUCCCCUCGUAACCCAACCCCAGAUCUGUGCAUCCAGUGCCCACGAGCCAUUUACGGAGUGUCCAAGGUUCACCCUGAGCUAAUGGGAGAGUAUUACCAUCACAGGUAUGGUCUUGACUUCCGCUGUCUCAGAUACCCAGGAAUCAUUUCUGCAGACUCUCAACCCAGUGGAGGAACUACAGACUAUGCUGUUCAGAUCUUCCACGAUGCUGUGGAAGCGGGUAACUUUGUGUGCAAUCUGAGGCCUGACACGAGACUCCCCAUGAUGUUCGUUGAUGAUUGUCUGAGAGCCACACUGGAGGUUCUGGAAGCUCCUGCUGAGGUGCUGUCCAUGCGAACGUACAACAUCAGCACCAUGAGCUUCACUCCAGAGGAUCUGGAACAAGAAAUCAGGAGGCACCUGCCAGACCUGCAGGUCACCUAUGAAACUGACCCAGUUCGACAAGCCAUUGGUGAGAACUAUGCUGUUCAGAUCUUCCACGAUGCUGUGGAAGCGGGUAACUUUGUGUGCAAUCUGAGGCCUGACACGAGACUCCCCAUGAUGUUCGUUGAUGAUUGUCUGAGAGCCACACUGGAGGUUCUGGAAGCUCCUGCUGAGGUGCUGUCCAUGCGAACGUACAACAUCAGCACCAUGAGCUUCACUCCAGAGGAUCUGGAACAAGAAAUCAGGAGGCACCUGCCAGACCUGCAGGUCACCUAUGAAACUGACCCAGUUCGACAAGCCAUUGGUGAGAGUCGAACACAUCAGUCAUCGGCCAUUCAAGACGUAUGA